CUAACGUAACAAUGACUACACGGAAAUAUUAAAUGUAACUCGACUAAUUACACAUACAUCUUCAUAACUCGGCUAACUUGCAUCUGAAGUGCGUGUGCGACAAUUGAUAAUAGUGAUACUUCAUUAGUGAAAAGUGAAAGAAGCAAAAUCUAUGGAUUAACUAUGGGAAUAUGGCCAAAGAUCGUCCUAAAGAAAGCAGUUGCAGCGCCUUAGCGAGAAUUCUCAGGGACUUUUGCAGUUGCUCGGAAAACGCAGCAUGGUCACCCGACAUGACGUCAGACAGAAAAGGGCCAUUCCUAAAAAGCGAGCUAACAAACAUGUCCGCAAUGCGCAGACGCAUCAUGACUAUUGCAAGGCGCAAAAAACACGUCACAGAACAACCGAAGAGCGAGAAGAAAUCUGAAACGCUAACAUCGAACAUAAUAAACACAGUCAGCUCACAGAACAGCACAAUGCGGAGAAACAUCGACAACUUCCUUAUAUCCCGACGCAUGGUCGCGUUGGACGAGGAUAUAUACGAGAAACCAAUAGCGAGUUAUUCCUCGUAUGGAGAGAAUUGGUCGCUAAGCAAAUCUUGGAAGAGCAACAAUGCUGAAUACUUCAAUCGUACGCUGAAUGCUGAUAGGACUUUGGAACCAAUCGACGAAGUACCGAAGCGAAAGAAGCGGAAUCGGAAAAUGAAAGAACAGCUACGUUACGAUAGAAAUAUUAAGCGUCAUAUUCGGAUACGAGUUAUGCUGUCUUUGAGAAUGCGUCGGUAUGUGAGGAGGAGGUAUCGGAGUGCGAUACAAAAUGUCCCAGUACCACCAAGGAAGUUUCCGCGAGGUGCAUCUGUUACAUCCAGUUUUGGGACAAGGUCGUACCGAAGUGUUAUGACGGAUAAAACCAAUGAUGGGACGGUACUCUUUGAUAUUCAUGAGGCUAGGAAUACAACGAUGGAGCUGUGCCACAAUUAUGAUGAAGACCUCGACACGUUGGAUAUUGCGUUACGCGCCGGAAAUUUUAGGAGCGGAAGACUGGCUGUCGAAGGUUGGUGGUGUGGUAGGGCGAUGCCUGGCGGCAGAGCCAACAAUGGAGCCCUGGCGCUUCACUACGCAGCCGCUAGGGGCUGCCUUGAUUGCGUGCGCUUGCUGGCGAACACUACACCUGAUGUAUCUGCGAACACGGCUAUGGACAAUGACGUCACUCCUGUAUACCUAGCGGCGCAGGAGGGUCACCUGGCAGUGCUCAAGUAUUUAGUGUUGGAAGCUGGAGGGAGAUUAGAUGCGCGUGCUCGUGAUGGGAUGCUGCCAAUACAUGCGGCGGCGCAGACUGGAUGUCUGGACUGUGUCAAAUGGAUGAUCGUAGAACGUGGAGUAGACCCAAAUGCCAGAGAUGGAGAUGGUGCCACUCCUCUUCACUUUGCAGCCUCGCGGGGCCACUUGUCCACAGUCCGCUGGCUGCUCAGACAUGGGGCAAGACUCCAUUUGGACAGACAUGGCAAAAGUCCCAUUAACGAUGCUGCUGAGAAUCAUCAUUUAGAGUGUUUAAACGUUUUGGUGGCGGCGGGUGCAGCGGGCGACAACAAGCAAUUAUCCUCAUACAAGGCGGUCCACUCCUGCGCAUGUACUCCCGGAGAAACAAGAUGUGCUCUCUCAAGCUGCAUCAACGCGAGCAACCGGUCUCCAUUCUACCUUCACGGACCAGAGCGUUGUGCAUCAACCCGAGAGCGUCGUGGGUCUGUCUCCUCAACCGUGGGGUCCAUCGGCUCAUCCAGAUCUGGGCCAGCCGAUGGUUUGUACGUCAACCCAAUGCAGAGAACGGCGCCAGUGGCACAGCAUAGUUCUUCGGGAGAGGAAAGCUCAGGAUGUUCCGCAUCAGAAGCAGACACAACAAACUCCGGUGGUUGGUUCCUGCACGGGUCCACCAACACGUCUGGAGCCCCUGCUGCUUUAUACCAACGAGUCAGGGACCUGUUCCACACUCGUUCUCCAGGGCCGAGGGUCCCUGCUGAAGGUCAGGAGGCUCCCACUAUGACAGUGAAAGCUGAGGUGCAUGGAACCAAGGAGGUGGCUCAGGAACAAUCAGACAGCGACAGUGGAGCUGAUGCGAAUCGCAGAGAUCACCAUUAUGAAGAUAUCUAUUUAGCGAGGGAUGAACAUCAUAGGAAGAGAAGCAGUUCUAGAGACUCCGGAAGUCACAGCAGACCAGGCAGCGCGGCGCUAGUCGUAGACUAUGACAGCAAAGAUAAUGCCGCUGAUGGAUCAAACAAAAACUACGAAGAAGUCUCGCCACCACCUUUGGAGACACAGACCAAGUCUACCAUUGCCACCAAGUUAGCAGCACUGACACACAAAGCGCAGAACUUCGCAAGUCGUAUAUCAUCAGCAGCAGGAAGCCGUCGCGCAUCAGUAUCAGAUGACACAGUCGUGGUGCAAGCCUCUGCAUCAUCAGGGGUUUCAUCUGGGGGCAGUUCUGGGGAUGAAGCUCCACCGCCUCCUCCGCCGCCGCCGCCACCUGUGGUUUUGGAGGAACCAGCGCUGAAGCCGUCUGAGUUGAGGAGCAGGCUUGGGGGGCGUCGCGACUCGACGUGCGCAGACGACGACCGACCGCGUUGCCCGAACCUCGUGAACAAACAGCCGGCUCUGCCGUUCGUGCCUCCCGCGUUCCCUCACAACGCGCCCGACCGACUCAUCAAACCCUCGGAGUAUUUGAAGACAAUCACGGCGCCCUGCAAGAGGGACGAAGGCGCGGCGGAGGCACGCCCUCCCCCGCCGCCGCCCGCGCCCCAGCCCAUCCCGCCGCCACCCCCGCAGCCACCUGUAAACAAUCAACCCCUGGCGGCGAUCAGCAGCGCCGAACUUUCGGCUGUGAGGCUCAAGACAACAGUGACGAAGACGGUAUCGGCACCACCUACUCGGUCGCUGAGCCUACAAUGCUUGCCUAGCGCUGCGGAGAUAUACAAAAACGCAAAAACGGAUCUGAUAGAAGAAUUGAAGAUGUCCAAGGAUAUAACGGGGAUUAAGAAGAUGAAGGUGGAACGAGCGAGACGCGAGAGUCUGCAAGACAAGGAGACGUUUACGGAGUUUACAAAACGAUUCACAGCGGAUAACUUUGUUGAUCAGGGUAAUUCACAGAUCCCUGAGCGUGAUGCUGCUGGCAACGUUAUCCCGGUUUGGAAGCGGCAGAUGAUGGCUAGAAGAGCUGCAGAGAAGGCAAGGAGAGAUCUGGAGAGAGAGUUGGCGGGAGAAGCGGAGAGAAGAAGGGCUGCAGCUGUGCCUGCUUGGAAAAGGCAACUGCUGGCACGGAGAGAAGAGGCGGAGUGUAGAUUGAGACAAUCCUUAUACACUCCAAAAGUGGAAGACAACGGUAAUGGAGACUGGCGUCCCUAUCCAGCUGGAGGUCGCGCCGUAUCAAUAGACAACAUCACGCUUUGUUAUGAUGCGCCUGCGCAACCUACCCGCGCGCCAUCUGAAAUGAAACUUUCAACAGAACACUGCAAUGGGCACACAAACGGUAAACCGGAACGCGAAGAAGAGUCAGCGAAAAUUAUCCCCUGGAGAGCUCAGCUCCGCAAAACGAACAGCAAACUUAAUUUACUGGAAUAGUUGAGAAAUUUAUGAAAUAAUAAAAUUGACGAUUAAUUUAUAAAAAGGAUUGUACACAAGUAAUACUGCGUUGAAUAAUUUAGUCGUAAGGUAUUGAACGAAGAUUUUACUCGUAGAUUAUUUAUUAAGUGUGUUAAAAGUGUUUUCGUAAGCCAUACGAAUAUUAUCUUUUUGUAUUUAUCCUAUUUUUAUACCUUAGCUAAUCUAAGGCAUAGAAAUGUCAAAAAUUUCCAAAAGUGGUUUCGGGCACUUAUAUUAUUUCCGAUCCAACGAUUUUAUUUGCCACUAUGAGGCACCGAAUGUAAGAAAUCUUCAUAAUCAUUUUCUGAUUAACUUGAGACUACAUAAUAACUUAACCAACCUUUUUUUUAAUUUAAAGGCUAACGAAUUUCACGAAGUUAUUCUCAGUACGAGACUCUCUAAUCUCCAAUUAGAGUUAGCAAAAAGAAAUGUAAAGAUAUUUUUAUACUUGUGUAUUACGAAUAAUUAAUAAGUUCUAACAAGCAAGUGAUACCAUUGUUGCAAUAUUAGUAUGUAAGCUUUAACAGGCUUUGCAAACAGAAAAAAUAAUUGUAUUUCGCAAAUAUCUUUUCUGUUGCGUUUUUUAUUUUGUUUUUAAUAAAAUCUGUUGCUUA